AUGUUCCUCCUGUCGUAUCCCCACCACCGACUGCCCGCACUGCUGCGCCCAUGUCCUCACCUCUGCCUUGCCCCGCAACCUUUUCACCUUUCCUGCGCUCGCGCUCAGCAUCACUCCACCCUUCGUCUCCUUGCCCCUCUCCCUCCCUUUUCCCCUCAACCCCACCCCUCCCCUCCCCCUCCCCCUUCCCCGUCCCCUCCCCCUCCCCCUCCCCCUCCCCCUCCCCCUCCCCCUCCCCCUCCCCCUCCCCCUCUCCCUCACCCUGGUCCCUCCCCUCGCCCAGGGGUGUGCGCCAGGGGCUCAUGGAGAAGCGAGCGCUGA